AUGCAACCAUCUGACCUUGUGAAAAUGAGUCGCGAAAUCAUCAGCUCACGCACCACUAUACACACAUCGUUGCUUUUCAAUGCGAGGAGGAAAACAUUCGACAAAGAUGUCUCUAUCAUUGUCGACUCAACCACGGGUACCAUUGAGGAUGUGUACCAAAGGGCAGAUGGCAACGAUCUCGCUGUAAACAGACGGGACAUUGACCUUCGGGGGAAAGUUGUGAUGGCUGGGUUCGUCGACGCUCACACUCAUGUGUUUCUGCAUUCAUACGAUGAAGCCUCGUCUACAGUACAGAUGCGAGACGAAAGCAUCGUGGAGCGAAUCGUUCGUGCCACCAAUCAUCUCCGCGCCGCGCUGCUAUCCGGCUACACUACAUACAGAGAUUUGGGUACCGAAGGGAUGCGGUCGUACGACGCGAACCUCAGAGACUGUGUCAAUCGAGGGCUGCUGCCAGGUCCCCGGCUGUUUGUAGCCACGGAAUGCCUAGCAAGCACCGGAUCAUACGAAGUCCGUCAUGAGAACACUUUAGCCAAGCUGCCACGCAUCUCGGAUGCUUGUGAUGGACCGGUGGGUGUGAGACAGGCAGUCCGGCGCCGAGUGGGUGACGGAGCGGAUAUCAUCAAAUUCUACGCUGACUAUCGACGAAAAGUCAUGCGAUUCCCACCGCCUAUCCAGCCACCACGGGCUGCGAUUCCGUUCCUCCCCUCAGAUCCCAACCCGGCGGUGGUCAUGUUCAACCAGGAAGAAAUGGACGAGAUCGUUCGGGAGGCAAAACUGGGCGGGUUACCUGUGGCAUGCCACGCGGGCACAGCAAGGGGUGCGCUCAUGGCCAUUAAGGCAGGAGUCGACACCAUUGAGCAUUGCAACGAGACGACCGACGAGGUCUUCCGAGAAAUGCGCCGUCGCGGAACCAUCUUCGUCCCCACGCUGGCGGUGUUGCGGAACUCUCCAGACUUUGACAACAUCAGCAAGCGAGUGAAGAGAGCGCACGAUCUUGGUGUACGGCUUGCUGCCGGCGGUGAUACGGGGGCCUUUCCUCACGGAGAAGGUGCUCUGGAGAUGGAGCUUAUGAUCCGGGCUGGAGUUCCCGUGCCGGAUGUGUUGGAAGCAUGUAUCAUUGGCGGGUGGGAGAGCUGCGGCAAAAAGAAGAGCGGCUUCUUGUUCGGUUCGAUCGAGAAAGGAUACCGAGCCGACAUAAUUGCCCUGGAAACGGACCCAAGGACAGACGAGGGCGCUCUGCGGAAGGUCAACUUUGUAAUGAAGGAUGCCAGAGUCUGGAAGAGGGACGGUCGGCCAGUCGACUUCGUUGAGGAGCAGGCGGAGACGAGACCGGCCUCCGGCAGCGAGGAGGAGUCUGACUGGGUGCUUAUUUGA